AUGGCGUAUGCGACACGUGCAAUGCUUAGCGGACGGAACAUGACCUCCCGUGAUCGUAUGAUUGGCAUUAUGAAACUGCCACGCGGGGUAACAGGCCGUAUGGGCGAGUACACGCGAGGACAGCGCUAUUUCAUACCAUCGAAAUCGCUCAUACGGCCACCAAAAGGUAUCCCCAAGCUUUUGAAAACAUUUUUUACUGUACACUCGGUAGGUGUGAUCUGCCUACCACGAAGCCUGAUCUGA